GAUAAAAGGAGCAAGACCAAGUGAUAGGUGGUCUUUCCUCUUUCCUCUUCCUCGUUAUCCUCUCCAAAUCAUAGCAUAACCAUUCUUUUUAUCACAAACAAGCACUGCCUUUCUCUUCUAGGGUCAGGCUUUUCAAGUUCCCUACUUUUUCCUUGAAACUCUGUCUAAUCUGACCCCCCCUAAAAACAAUGACCUCAACAACAACAGCAACUCAAAUUCAUGUUCUUACUGCAACUGGGUUCUCAACAAAACCUACCAAUCUUUCUCCAUCAACAGUCUUCUUCAGCCAAUCACUCACCAAAACGACACACUCCUUUGGCCUUAUUGCUACAACACCAACAAUUUCAAGGUUUCCUGUUUCUACCAAUGCAAAGGCCAAUCCAACUGGAGAACAGAAAUGGACCCAUGAAGGCUCUGUCACUGAAUCACUACCUAAUGGUAUGUUUCGGGUUCGCCUAGACAACGAAGAUUUAAUUAUUGGUUAUAUCUCUGGUAAGAUACGCAAGAAUUUUGUUCGGAUUUUGCCAGGAGAUAGAGUCAAGGUUGAAGUGAGUCGUUAUGAUUCGAGUAGAGGACGUAUUGUUUAUAGACUCCGCAAUAGAGAUCCGACUAGUGAAUGAUGGGGCUGUGUCUUUUUCUUUUAUGCAAGUUGUGAAAACAUUUGAAUUCGUCUCAUUACUUUUGUCAUUCAUGCUUGCAAAUGAACUUAUUAUAUGGUUGUUUUUUUAUGUCUUCGGGGGGGCAUCAUAGAAUGGUUGGAAUUGUGGGGUGAACUGGGGAUUAUCUAAUUGUUUCUGUCUUGGAUUUGUUCAACUUAUCGAAGUACAUGAAGAGAGAGUUUUAGCGAUGACCAGCAUUUUGCUUGUGUGCUGCUGUGAUAAACAUCACUUUUAUCUCCUUGAACAGCUCUUUCUAGGGCAAAUGAUGAUUGUAAUAUCACCAGAGUUUAGUAAUGAAUGCUCUGUUUUCUUA